UGCCCCCAGUGCCUGGCCAAGCACAUAAAGGAAGGAAGGAUGUUACGCUGACCCCAUCUAUGAGUACCAGUUGGCCACCCAACCUGAUUGAGGGUAGACCCUAGCCCCUAAACACAGGAGAAAGUGAGACAUGAAGCAUCUCAGGACCCCCGGAUUCUGCUUGUCUUCCAUCCCAUUCAUACAAGUGUUCCUUGCUGAGGCUGGUGCACAGCAGUCAUGAGCCUGAGGUGGGCCAGGGCAUAAGGCGGAUGAGGCACCAAACUAAGUAGCAGGAUAAAGAGGGAACAUGGGGAGGGGGUCUAGGGUAGCGUUCAUAGGGGAGAAGAGUGUCUGACAGGUCCACCCCGAGGCCCACUCACCACUCCCUGAUGGUAGGGAGAGAACAUUGGGGUGGGAGGUAUGUAGAGAAAACAGAUCCCAGGAGAGAGUCCAAGCAACCCUAGCCGCUGCCAAGGAUUAGGUUCAGCCCAUCGGGUUGGGUUUACCCAGUCCUUAAUGCCCCAGCUGCCUGGAGCGUCCACCCCUUCUGGACUUUGUACUCCAAUGCCAAUAAGAGCCAGGCAGGGCAAGGGGUAGAGGGUCAGAAUUCCUGAGAAACAACAGGAGAAAGAGCUGGGACGCUGCACCGCGAAAGCUGGUCCCUGAGGUAAGCCAUGGGCAGAUGAGGGGCCUCCAGUUGGGGAUCACAGAGCAGGGUUUUUGGGACAAGUAGGUACAAAUAGUAGCAAUUCUUUGUUACUGUGCAACUUUUAGCUUCUCAAAGUGCUUCGGUGUACAUCAGCUCAUUUGCUCUUCAGCCACCAUGAAAGGCCAGCAGGAUGGACAAAAGAUGGGGAAACUGAGGCUGGGGGGGGGUGCUGCCAAAAGUCACAUGGUAACAGCUUCAACUAGAACCUAGGUCUCCUGACCCCUAAAGUAAGGCCCAGCUAAAUUUCAAUAUAAGGCCUAGGUUAAAUUUAAAGACUAUGGAAGGGCUGGAUAGGGAGGGGAGGAGAGCACAUCCCUGCCACACAAAACGGUGCUAAGUGAGAGAUUUCUACCCCCCAUCCCUCUCAUGUAGAUCCACAAUAAAUGGCAGGGCUCUGAGGGCUUCUACUGUAAACUCUCUCUGCAUAGAUCUGUCUUUCUCCUUGCUUACGCCACCCCUGGAUUCACCUGAGAUACAGCCUGGGUCUGCCCAGACUAUGGGUAUCAAGCCGGAGAGGGUGGCAGAAUCCAGAGAAAGAAAAGCAGAUUUCAAAAUGUGAAGUGUAGAAACUCCAGUAGGACAGCCUAGACCAUCUUUUGCGAUUGAAUCCUUAAUUCAGAGGUAUUGGGGCUCUCUCUCCUACCAUGUGGCUGCUCCUAUUUCUUGGGACCCUGCUUUGGGGAGUACUGUGGUUCCUGCGAGACCGGCAAGUGCUACCCCCCAGAGAUGCCUUCAUAUUCAUCACCGGCUGUGACUCAGGCUUUGGCCGGCACCUGGCACUGCGGCUGGACAGACGAGGCUUCCGAGUUUUGGCUGGUUGCCUGACAUCCACAGGGGCAGAAAACUUGAAGCGGGCUGCUUCUCCUCGACUCUGCACCACACUCCUGGAUGUCACCGACCCCCAAAACAUCCAGCAAGUGGCUGAGUGGGUGGGGACGAUCGUGGGAGAGAGAGGGCUCUUUGGCCUGGUGAAUAACGCAGGCAUCACUGGGAUCAUCGGCCCUACCCCGUGGCUGAAUCUGGAGGAUUAUCGGAGAGUGCUGGAAGUGAACACGCUGGGUCCCAUCGGAGUGACCCUUGCCCUGCUGCCCUUGCUACAACAGUCACAGGGUCGAAUCAUCAACAUCACCUCCGUCCUGGGCCGUCUGGCUGCCAAUGGUGGGGGCUACUGUGUCUCCAAAUAUGGUCUGGAGGCCUUUUCUGACAGCCUACGACGGGACAUAGCUCCCUUCGGGGUACGGGUCUCUAUCGUGGAACCAGGCUUCUUCCACACAGCAGUGACCAACUUGGAGUGUAUAGAAGGGAUGCUUUGGGCCUCCUGGAAACGGUUAUCUCCUGCCACUCAGGCCAGCUAUGGGGACAGCUUCCUUCCUAAGUACCUGAAGGUACAACGGUUCAUCAUGAACCUGAUCUGUGAUGGGGACUUGGGCAAGGUGAGCAGCUGCCUGGAGCAUGCACUGACUGCCCGCUACCCCCGCACAAGAUACAGUGCUGGAUGGGAUGCCAAACUUCUCUGGUUGCCUGCCUCCUACCUACCUGCCAGCCUGGUAGAUGCUAUACUUACUUGCGUUCUUCCCAAACCUGCCCAGACUGUCUGCUGAACCCAUUAGCCUGCAGGAAACUGAGGCACAGAAUGGAAAGCAAACACUAUAAACUAUAAUCACCACCCAAACUGAGCUGCCCCAUCCCGACCUUUAUUCUUUUUCUGAGGAUCAAGAUGUUUUUAAAAAUAA